UUGAACACUACACAACACUAACAUCAACUAUGAACUUCUAUGGAUAGUCUUUGGUUUUGUACCAAUGACAUUUGGAGGGGGAGGGGGGGGAAGAGUUGCACUGGUAUUUAUGGUUUUUCAUUUAUUGAAUUUUUAUUUAUAUAUUAUAUAUUAACUAUGUGUGUUGUGUUUUAAGGUGUUCUGCUGCAUGUGAGAAUUUCAAUGUUCCAUUGUCAGUACCUAUGACAAUUAAACACUUGACUCUGAACCCAAGGAGCAGUCUCACCUGUGAAAUAGUUGCAACUCUCCCCUACUUUGCAGUGUUCGAUCAGCUCUCUUGUAUACUCAUGUGCUAAUUUCUUGUGUCUCACUCACUGUCCCCCAUUUCCCAUCUUGCAGUUUCAUUCAGUUUAAAUAAAAAUGUUUUUUCUCACUCUUCUUUCCAAAGUGCAGAACCUAUCAUUUUUCCACAUCACACCCCAUCUGCCAACUCCUUGCCCACUCACCGACUCUCACCGAUCCAUAUCCAACCAUGUGCUCUUUUUACCCACACAACAUGCAGAUCUUUGUGAAUUUAUAAGCACUGAUCCUUGUGGAUGGAGAGGGAGAAGUAGAGAAAUAAGCCGUCAUGAAAGUGGAAUCAAACUAACCCCACCCCCAGCUGAGAGUCACAGGAAUGCAAACAUGGCUUCAGUGUAUCAUAAUUAAUGAAAGUACUUAAAAAAAAAAAAAAGUGAUCCUUUCAAAGCAGCAAUUAUCUUAAAUGGAUGGAAAGAAAGAUUAUAGUCCCAGGCGAGCGAGCUCGUCUAAUUUGAUGCUAAGCCGCUGCACCUUUAUAAAGAGGGUUUAACAAACUCUCUGAGCGCCCACCGUGGACUAUGGUCAGUUAAGCCAGCUCCACAGAGUGAGGAGAACUGGCAGCAUUCUGCUCCAAUGGCUCCUGCUACCUCUUACAACGGGACCGUUGGUGCUUUUGAGGGCCCCCAAUGGCCACACUACGCCUCAAAGAGCACCUACAUGGUGGUGGCCACGCUGAUGGGGCUGGUGGUCUUCCUGGCCUCCUUUGUCAAUGGCCUGGUGAUCCUGGUGUCUCUCAAGUACAAGAAACUCCGUUCACCCCUCAACUACAUCCUGGUCAACCUGGCAGUGGCCAACCUGAUGGUCACUUUCUUCGGCAGCACGAUCAGCUUCUCCAACAACCUCCACGGCUACUUCACCCUGGGGAAGACCAUGUGUCAGUUCGAAGGUUUCAUGGUGUCUCUGACAGGUAUCGUGGGGCUGUGGUCGCUGGCGAUCCUGGCCUUCGAACGUUACGUGGUCGUCUGCAAACCCUUGGGUGAUUUCCGCUUUCAGCAGCGGCACGCGGUCUGGGGCUGCCUCUUCACCUGGCUCUGGUCACUGGUCUGGACGGCACCGCCUCUGUUCGGAUGGUGCAGUUACGUUACUGAGGGGCUACGCACGUCCUGUGGACCAAAUUGGUACACGGGUGGGACCAACAAUAACAGCUACGUGGUGGCCCUCUUCAUCACCUGCUUCAUGAUGCCCCUGAGCCUGAUCAUCUUCUCCUACUCCAGUCUGCUGGUGGUCCUCCGAGCCGUCGCUCAGCAACAGAAGGACAGCCAGAGCACGCAGCGCGCCGAGCGAGAGGUGUCCCGCAUGGUGGUCGCCAUGGUGAUGGCCUUCCUGGUCUGCUGGUUGCCCUACGCCACCUUUGCCAUGGUGAUUGCAAUUAAUAAGGACAUCGUGAUUCAGCCCACCCUGGCCUCCAUGCCUUCCUACUUCUCAAAGACCGCCACCAUCUACAACCCCGUCAUUUACGUCUUCAUGAACAAACAGUUCCGGACGUGCCUGGUGACCACCCUGUGUUGUGGCCGUGACCCGCUUGGUGGCAGCGAGGAGACCAGCUCCGGCUCCGCAGCCGGCAGCAACACCAAGACCAUCGCCCUGUCCGAGAGGGGCGGCAACAGAGUCUUGCCGGCCUGACGCCCGGCCAAUCGUACCGGCCGGCAGGAAAUGAGGGCGACUCACUCAGUUAUAAAGCCUGGCCGCCAUGGUCAAGUGGGGCUGAAUGGCCUGUUUGCGUGCUGUACGACUCUAUACCCUGACCCCUCCCCGUCCGUCUUCGACUUCCAAUUCAAGUAAUACCCUCUACCCUCUCCCCCUUUGCAGUGUCCCCACCUGGCACGCUCCCAUUUCCCCACCAUCUAUCACUCCCCCUUAUUCACACACCCUACUACUUUCCUCUCCUUCAUAGUUAUUUCCGAGUCCCCCUUUUCCCUUUUAUCCCCACACUCUCCCUCCCUCCUCCACCCCCUUUGCCUACCACCCACAUCCCUCCCUCCGGCUUUACAUUUCACUCUUCUCAAUUUCUGACAACCUUUUUGUCUUUGCUUCACCUCGUGCAUUAGUCACUUACUCCACCCAACUACCAAUUAUUCCCCUCACCUGUAACCACCUAUCAUGUGGUUAGUCCUGCACCCCCAUCCCUCUCUUCUUCAGAUUUCUCUCCCCAGACAGAUGACUUUUCUGGCCAGGACCCUUCUUCAGGCCCGAAAAGCCAUCUGACCAUUCCUUCCACAGAUGCUGCCUGACCGGCUGAGUUCCUCCAGUACUUUCUGUUUUUGCUCUAGAUUCCAACAUAUGCAGUCCCUUGUAUCUCCAUGUGGAAACGUCUGCAGUCAUCAGCCACCUCAUACCCACCAAACCAGAGUGGAAACAAGUCAGCCCUGAUCCUGAGGCACUGCCUACGAAGAGAAGAAGAAUAUAACUCGAGUGGGAUGUCUUUACUCAUACACUCUUUUUAAGAAAGGCGGGAGAGAGAAAACAGGGAAUUAUAGACCAGAUAGCCUGACAUCGGUGGUGGG